AAUUCAGCAAACCAUCACUUUUCAGAAAAGCACAUGCUGAUCUUAAAAAGGACUUAUGUGGGUACUUUGCUGAACUUGAGCCUAUAACAGAUCAGCCCCCGUCUCUUCCCACAUGAGCUACCAGAGGCAUGGAGCUACGGGAACAGCUCUCCAUCUGCUUGUUCUGUGCCAUACUCCUAGCAGCGAUUCCCUUUUCAGAGAAUUUUGAAGUCAUCUCGUCCCCAACUGUCACUGGGAUCGUCGGCCAGGAUAUGGUCUUACCCUGCCAGAUCUCCACUGGGAUGCAGCCAGACAAUAUGGAGGUUCAGUGGAAGAAAAUCAUCCAGGCAGCUAUAGAGACUGUCUAUGAAUACAAAGCCCGGACAGGCCAGGAUGGGCCAGGAGAGCAAUACCAGGGCCGGACUGUGCUGUUGAAGGAUGGAUUCACCUCUGGGAAUGUGUCUUUAAAGCUGAAGAACGUCCGACCAGCCGAUGAGGGAACGUACAGCUGCAUUGUGAAGUCUAACGAGUGGAGCGCUGAUGCUGCAACCGAGCUUAAAAUUGCAGCUGUUGCCUCUGUGUCCAUCGAUGUGCUGGGUCCCCAGGGCCAGGGGAUUGACCUAGCCUGCAGGUCAACAGGAUGGUUUCCCAAACCUGAAGUCCGCUGGGUUAUAAAUAAUGGGUCGGAUCUGCAGCCUGUGACCAAAAUGGAGCAGGAUCAUGAACUUCUGUUCAGUAUUCUGAGCAACGUCACAAUCCUGGGACAGGAAACUGGAGAAAUCAGCUGCGUUAUCCAGAACAACCUGCUGAAAACAGAGAAGAAAUCUGUCAUUCUCCUCUCAGGUGAUAUUUUCCCUCAUGUUUCUCCGUGGCUUGCUGCAUUCUGGGUGUUAUUUACUUUAAACCUUCUUGUGAUCGGUGCCUGUGCAUUUUGGAUAUAUACAGUCAAGCAGAAGGAGUCUACGAAAAAAAAAUCAGAAGAAGAGGCUUUAUUCAUACAGGACACUGCGAAGAAGGCGUUGGAACAAGAGCAUCAGGAGCUGCAGGAACGACUUGACAGAGCAAUCUCAGAACUGGAUUUCAGGAGGGCUCGGAGCUACAUGGUUCCUCUCACCCUGGAUCCGAGUUGCAAACACCCUGAACUCACCCUGUCUGCAGAUGGCAGAACAGUCCAGCACAAGCCCACUUCUCAAGAUCCAGCUGUCUCCUCCGGGGCCCUGAUUGCUGUGGGGAGGGAGGGAUUUGUGACCAGGAGGAAUCAUUUUGGGGAGGGUGAGGUUUGCAGGUGGUACUGGGAGGUAAAGGUUGAAGACAGCCCGGACUGGGAGCUGGGGGUGCUGAGUGAGACUGUGAGGGACAGCGUGAAACAGGAGAGGUUGAAGAGACCCCCUGAAGGGGAGUGCUGGGCUCUGAGGAGAUCGGGGGGGUGGUAUCAACCCAGGGAGGCCAACAUUGUGAUACAGAGCUGGGGUGUGAAGCCGAAAGUGGUUGGGGUGUAUCUGGAUCUAGAAGCGGGGAAUCUCUCAUUUUAUAGUGUCAGUGGAAUGGCCAUUAUCCUGGAGAUUUCUGUGGAAGGUUCUGAGAGAUUGUUCCCAUUCCUCAGCCCUGGUCACGCUGCAGGGAGGGAAGAAGGGGAACCUCUCAGCAUCUGCCUCCCCAGCGACUGGGAUUUCUCCCAGAAAUUUGGGACUAGUUCAGGAGAUAACACAGCCUCUGCACAGUCUCCAGCCUCCAGAGAUGGGAAAGGAGCUGGAGACAACACAGGUUCAUCUGCAUUGGGAGAAACAUCCCUAGCCUCUGGACAUUGUCCUGCCUCUGGAGAUGGGGAUGAGAAAGAAAUCAGCACAGAGUUCUCUGUGAGAGAAGAUGCCCCAAAGCACCAGACCAUCGACCAGCUCCCAAAGAAGAAAGAGGAUAAAACAGAUCAAGAACAUACACAGCUGGAAACACACUCAAAGCAGAAGCAGGGAAAGAAAAGCCAGAAGCCAUAGGUAAAAAAAUCCAGAAUUUUUUCCAACGGGGCAAAGACAGUCAUAAAGAAAAGAAUGCUCAGAACGUGAAUCCAGGGGGGACCUGUAUCACUGGCUCUCUUGUUUCAGGGAUUCCAGGGCCAGGAGAUAUAACUGGGGAAUCAGAUCCAACCACUGCCACCUUGGGAACAACUUUGCCUGAAAGAAAAAGUGGGGAAAUGGAGACACUUAAGGAGCUUCCGCCCCCCUGAACUUAAAUGGAAACUGCAACAAUUAGUGCUGUUCUAAAACUCACACUAAUUAAACAGGAUUGUUCUAAUUGGAGGGAACUACAUCAAUGCUAUUGUUAACUUUGGGAAUUUAAAUACACAGAAGGGAAAUGCAGAAGGGAAUUUUUUCCCAUUAACAUUAACAUAUUGCAGACAUACACACUCUGAUCCUGCCAGUGUUAGUGAGUCACAGAAUGAGGCAUUCUAUACAUAGGACCAAAUUUUGAGUUUUCACACCCCAUAGCCAGCAAGUUAUAGUGCUUUAAUUUGCCAGUGUAGACAUGGCCUUAGUGUUACUCAGAGAACCUUACCUUUUGCACUUCCUGACUUUUGUUCCAGUUACAUACCCAGUAAAUAGGACCAAUAUUUUUAGAGAGGGAGAGAAAGUUCAAGGACCACUGCUGCACAUGCUGUUGAGGUGAGCCAAUGCUUGUUUGGUUACUUGGACACCUUAAAUAGGUAAAUGUAUGUGCAAAUGGCUAAUUUACACUUGCAAUUGUGGUAACUAUAUCUGCAAAUGCUAUUGCACAAAGGGACAUCCAUAUUUUAGAGGGAAAGUGUGCCUCUAAAGUCGGACUCUCAGUGUUACCACACCUAACUUUUAAGCACCUAAAAAAUCACUGGGAUUCACAAAACCUGAAUGUCACACCCAGGCUCCCUGUACAAUGCAUGGGAAGAGAUAAGCAAAGGAAAGAAAGGAAUUAAGAAAAGCCAGCACACUAGGCAGGAAGCCUCCUAAAUUAGGCAGUUGGAGUAUUACAUACAUCUGGAUAUUGCCUCUUUUUUGAGCCUCUGUCCUCUGUCUGGGUGGAUUUUUCAAAUAAUGGGCAAUAUCCUGGGUUUUUGCAGAGCAGUUGUUGCAACUCAGAAAGAGCCAUGAUUGGUCCACUUGCCAAUUGGUCCCUCCCCUGCAUCUGCAGCUGAUUGGUCCAUUCCUUGGCAAGCCAUGGCUUCCAGAUCCCACCCACCCAGGCCCCCAAUACCAGCCCUGGGGAGGGUGUUGAACAGGGAGAUGCUGACUGAGUGAUGGUGCUGCAUCCUGGUCUUGCACCAGUCACCCUAUCACCAGCCCACCUUCCACCACCAGGAAGUAUCCCCACUGCAGGCACCUCCAGCUCCUGCAACUGUACCCCCCUCUAGCGCUCCCUUCCCACCUUCAGUGUCCUCUUUUUGGGAACCUGAAAUUUGGUAACCCUAAAUUGGAGAUGCUCAGCUGAGAGGUGUAUGCUAAGUGCCCCCCUCACACCUUCAGGCAGUUCAGUGUCUAAAUGUGGCCUGGAAGGAGGCCUGUAGCUCUGCUUACCAUUCUCGGUUGAGAAACUUCUCCUGGAAUUAGGUACCUAGGGCAUUUCUUCUUUCUGCUGGAGGAGGCCUUCCCUCACAGUGGUUAACCUAGUGGUUAGGGUACUCACCAGGGCAGUGGGAGACCCAAGUUCAGUCCCCCCCCAGUGUCUCAUGAGGAGAAGGGCUUUGAACAAGUAUGCCUUUAUCACUGAGCUACAGGAUAUUCUCAUUUGCUUGGUCCUACACCCCUCCAGAGUUCAAGUCUGAGAACAGGGUGAUCAGAUGUCCUGAUUUUAUAGGUACAGUGCCAAUA